AUGAACUCUCGCUGGGAGAGUCUCCAUACGAUAGCAAAGGACACGUGUGAUGCUGUGGCUGGUCCUACACGCACGGUCUGGGCCAUCGAGGGAGAGUCCUGCCUCCUACCCUGCGACCUCACGCCCUCACAGCCUGGUGGUCGCGCUCUGCUGGUGCUCUGGUACAAGGAAGGCGUCACCAGCACGCUAUAUAGCUAUGACCUCAGGGGCGUCCCGGCGAAACACUACAGUAACCCGUUGCACUUCGACGAGAGAGCCACGUUCGACAAUGCGGCCCUGGUGGUGCAGCGCGUGAAGACGGAGGACGCGGGGGUGUACAGCUGCCGCAUUCACUUCAACUCCGGCCCCUCCCUAACCUUCACCACUAAUCUUACUGUUAUAGUUCCUCCGCGUCGUUUAGCCAUCUACGACGACCUCGGAGUCCUUGUCGGCCGCUCCGUUGGUCCACUACUCGAGGGGGACACCUUGCGCCUUACCUGUAGAGCGCGGGGAGGGUCGCCGCUCCCCACGGUCACCUGGUGGGAGGCCGCCACGCCCCUGGAUCUCAACAUGGAGGUGCAGGAACUUCCGGAGGUGAAUAAUCUUCUCGUGGUGCCGAAGCUCACGCGGGAUGACCUCGGCCGCACCUUUGUCUGUCAAGCCUCGAACUCCAACCUGACGGCGCCGCUCCUCUCCACCGUCACCCUCGAUAUGAACUUUUCGCCGCUCUGGAUCCGCCUCGUAAGCACUCGUGACCCAAUGAGCGCCGGGUGGCCGUACGCGGUGGUGUGUCGCACGGCGGGGUCGCGGCCGCCUGCGCUGGUCACCUGGCACCUCGGCAACGCCACUCUUACCUCGCACACUGAACAGGUGAGCGAGGAUGGCAACGUGACGACCAGUGAGCUACGAUGGACCCCGCGUGUUGGAGACGUGGGGAAGUUGCUGUCUUGCCACGCUCGGUCACCUGCCAUCCCGUUCCCUGUUCUGAAGGACGAGUUGCGGCUUACUAUAUACUACAUUCCCGUGGUCACCUUAGCGCCAGGACGGACGAUAGACAUGGAAGACAUCGAGGAGGACGACGACGUGUACUUCGAGUGUUCGGUGAAGGCCAACCCGCGGGUGUACAAGAUGGUGUGGCUGCACGAGUCAGAGGAGCUUCGGCACAACCCAGCGGAAGGCGUCCUCAUUAGCAACCAGACGCUCGUCCUGCAACACGUGACCAGAGCCUCGUCGGGGAACUACUACUGCGUCGCUUCGAACAUCCAGGGAGACGGCCAGUCCAAUCCCCUGCGCCUCAAGGUCAAGUACAAGCCGCUGUGCACAGGUAAGCAGUCUGUCUACCAUGGGGCAGCCAGGUACGAGCAGGUCAACAUCCCGUGCCAGGUGGAGUCGUACCCGGAGCCGGACGCCUUUCGCUGGACCUUCAACAACAGCGGCGAGAGCAUUGAGAUCAGCGAGGAACACGUGCUCGUCGAAGGCUCGCGGUCGACGGUGAGCUACACGGCUAACACGGAGCUGGACUACGGCACGCUGCUCUGCUGGGGCGUCAACUCCGUGGGCCAGCAGCGCCACCCUUGUGUCUUUCAUGUGUUCCCGGCGGGCCACCCGGACCCGGUACACAACUGCUCCGCGUUCAACCUGUCCGUGUCGAUGGUCAACAUACGCUGCGUGGCGGGCUUCGACGGGGGUCUGCCGCAAAAGUUCCUCCUGCAGCUGCGAUACCACGGCCAGAAGCGGAUGUUGGCCAACUUGACGAGCGAGGUUCCGCAUUUCACAGUGAGCGGCAUUCCUCCGGGUCGUGUCCUCGUCGGCACCGUGUGGGCUUACAACACCAAGGGACGCGGGGAGCCUGUCGCCCUCAGACUCUUCACGCUCAAAGAUCAAGCCGAAAAGAGGACAGCGGCCGUGAAACCUUCGCCGCCCCCCGACCCUCCCCCGGCCCCCAUGGCGGUGGAGCCCCUGGUGGCGGUGGUGUCCGGCGCGGUGGGCGGCGUGCUGGUGGUGGUGGUGGCGGUGCUGGUGACCGUUCGGCUGUGCCACGGACGUCUGGGCCGGCGGGACCCCGGCCGGCAGGCUGCGGCAGACAUGGACGUACCCAGCGCCAGCCCCUCGCCCCCCACGGGGAAAGACGCGGCGGCGUGGGUGGUGGGCGGCGUGCGCACCAUCAGCUGCCCGUCGCUGGCGGCGCCCUACACCUCCAUACCUGGCACGCCGCGCGCCUCGCCUCAGCAGGUGUACCAGUACGGGUACGGCACGAAGGUGGAGGCGCAUGCUGACCUCGGGCUGGGCGGCUCCGUCCCUCACCUGCUGCCGCAGCCCCACGAGUUCCCCGCGGAGGGCCAGGGCAGCGCCACCCUCCCGCACCUCCUUCCGCAGCAACACGCCGGGAGGGACGCCGCCGCCCCUCGAGGAGUGGACCGCCAGGACCCCUCCAGACGGUCGCUUCCCUCGGUCAGGGCAGACGUGGUGCCGCAGGGCCUGAAGAGCCGGAUGACCUUCACGCCGCGGCACGAGAGCUCCGUAUGAGGUGGGUCGCCGUGGUUCUGUUGUCUCUAUGUUCAAUUACUUAUCUCUAUGUGCCUUUGGUCUGCGAUGCUGAACAGUUUGCUUUUACUUAUUUCACCUUUCCUUUUAGUUCAUGCAAGCAUUAUUUCUCCUCCUGCUCCUCCGCAUGUGAUGUAACUCUUCAUUGUCUGCAAACUGACAAACGGCUAAAUAAAUCACACUCGCGGGUAAAAGCAUCCUGGGCGCCAACUCUGCUUCUUCAGGGGAGCAUUGAAACGUGAUGCAUGGGAAGAGGCUGAUGGGAUAUUCAUGCCUUCUAAUAAUGCCUCUUUAUGGUAUAGUUUUUAUCCCACGGCUCUGUUAUCAAUACAUACGUGGAAUUACUGAU